UCCAACGGUGGGUUACUGUUGCUGAAACAUUGAUAAGUAAACGUCUGUGAAAAUACGCGAUUUCGCAUUGAAAUUUGAAUUUAAGUCCGCCAAAGCUUAGUAAAUUAAAAAGAAAGUUUUAUGGAGUCUUUUACAUACACACAACAUUACAAAGUCUACAUAUUCGGGAGCAUUGUCCGGGAGAAUUUCGAUCCAACCAUAAUUAUUUUAAAAUAAUUUUAACAUCAACAAUUUCCAAUUAAUCACGUCACACACUGAACACACUGAACAUUAAAAUGGCCAAUAAUAUCAACGAUAAUUUGAAGAAAAGUUCAACCAUUCAAUUAACGGCAUUUGAUAAUCGAGCCUUCAAAGCGGAUGAAUAUGAAAAUCCGAAAGCAAUUAAUUCGAAUGGCGCGCACACAGUGGAUAAUACAAAUGCAAUGCACUUUGAUGACCUGUUGCCGUAUAUCGGCGAAUUUGGACGAUAUCAGAAAAUUUUGUUUCUAUUAAUGAUGCCGUUUUCGUUUUUUCUGGCAUUUGUUUAUUCUACCCAGAUUUUCAUAACAUUGGUGCCAGAACAGCACUGGUGCCGUAUACCCGAGUUGGAGAAUUUAACUGUUGCCGAGAGAUUAGAUCUAGCCAUUCCAACUGAAAACAGCAAGCACAGCAAAUGUUUCAUGUAUGAUGUGAAUUUCACCGAAGCCAUUUUAAAUGGAACAAAGUCCGGCGAUCCGUUAUGGCCGAAGAAAUCAUGCACUUACGGCUGGGAAUUCAAUCACUCUGUCGUUCCUUAUACGACCAUUGCGUCAGAGCUGGAAUGGGUGUGUGACGAUUCAAAUAAACCAGUCAUAUCCCAAUCGAUAUUCUUUUGUGGAGCAAUUUGUGGUGCGCUAAUAUUCGGUUGGAUAGCUGACCGUUACGGCAGGAUUCCAGCGAUGAUUGGUAGUAAUGUGGUAGCAGGAUUAGGUGGAAUUGCUACAGCCUUUUCUAACAGCUUCUGGAUGUUUACACUUUGCCGAUUCGUAGUAGGUUUCGCGUUUGACAACUGUUUCACUGUUAUGUACAUUUUGGCUUUGGAAUAUGUAGGUCCGUCAAAACGAACUUUUGUAGCAAAUAUGUCCAUAGCCCUGUACUUUACGGCCGGAAUGUGUUCAAUGCCACUGCUAGCCCUUUGGAUAAACGAUUGGAGACUACUAGCCAUUGCCACUUCAUUGCCAAUGUUAUCAACAGUUUUGGUCCCGUGGAUUAUACCAGAAUCAGCUCGCUGGCUUGUAUCAAAAGGGAAAAUCGAUCAAGCAAUUGUCAUUUUAAAGAAGUUCGAAAGGAUCAACAAAAAAGACAUCAAACCACAAAUAUAUCAAGAUUUUCGGGACACAUGCCAAAAGGUUCAAGAAGAGGAGGAGUCAUUCAAAAAGUAUUCAGUUCUCGAUCUCUUCAGAACCACGCGAUUACGAAGAAACACCAUUUUACUGAUUCUCAUUUACAUGUCGAUAUCACUAUUGUUCGACGGCUACGUGCGUAAUAUCGAAUCGAUAGGAUUGGAUCCGUUUAUUGGAUUCGGAUUAGCAUCCGUAACUGAACUACCAGCAUCAACUUUGGUUACACUUAUUCUUGACCGAUGGGGAAGGCGUUGGCUAGGUUUUGGCACAAUGUUUCUGAGCGGAAUGUGUAGCGUCAUUGCCGUUUUUAUUCCCACUGGUCUGGCCACAACAAUUGUAAUAAUUUCUGGAAGAUUUUUUGUAAAUUUUUCGUUCAAUAUUGGCAUGCAAUAUGCAGCAGAGCUUCUUCCGACAGUUGUACGUGGUCAGGGCGUUUCGUUCAUUCACCUAACGGGAUACAUCGCUACCAUUGUGUCUCCCAUCAUCGUCCAUUUAGGUGUUGUUUCACCAAUUUUACCACUUUUGAUACUCGGAUUUUGUGGAAUUACUGGUGGUCUACUAAUAUUGUUGUUGCCGGAGACCUUAGGCGAACAGUUGCCUCAGUCGUUAGAUGAUGGUGAACAGUUUGGAUUGAAUCAGAAAAUGUGCCAUUUUCCAUGCAUUGGAAAGUGACGUUUUUAAGGGUUGUAUGUACUCGGGCAGUAUUUUUAAUGCUUUUGGCAGUAAAUUUUAAUUAUUUUGCAGUAAAAAAAAUAUGUUUUGGUGGCAGUUAUAUUUUAAUAUUUUGAACUCAAAUUAAGCUGAAGAUGGACACCAUCCGAAAUAAACAAAUUUUG